AUGGCCGUGAUCCUUCUGAUGCUGAACCUCGUGACCAAGAACGAGUUUGGCAAGACCAGUUUUGUGAAAGGCGAGCGAGCUGAGGAUGAAGGUCUCGGAAAUCCACUAUUGGAUGGCUGGGAUACCACGCAGAAUGUCGAGCAUUCGAUCAACCAAGAGUACAAGAUUGCUCCUUCAUCAUGGAGAAGCUCGUGGAUCCAGUCCACGAUGACGAGGACAAUGGAUCUAAUCAAAGAGAUUCAGAAGAAUCGAGCAAUCAAGGCGAUCUACCACCUCGUGGAGAUCGACCUAAGCGUCGCGAUGCUCAACCCAGACGUCGAGCAGAAUCAUCCGCGUCUGCUCCAGCUUCAGCAGGAUAUUUUCCAGUUCAAUUUCCUGAUGUUGAACGUUGAUCGAGGACAAGAGAAUGAAAGCAAAAGUGUCGACAUGUCAACUGAUGAUGUGCUUGAACCAGAGACACCAAGUUGGAACCGUCUAUUCGAUCGAUCUGAUCGAUCGGGAAGCAUAUCUGUCAGCUUUUAA